AUGCAGUACAAGCCUCUCGCAACACUCCUCUUUGCUAGUAUGGUCAUGGCCGCCCCGGCUGACACCAGCUCCGAGCUUGAAACCGGAGACACAGAAUUGGGUCUCGAUAUGCCUCCUCCCUCUAUCGCCGCGGUUCUCGCAACCGCCGUCCCAACCUCAUUCUGGGCCGAAGCCACCAACACCGCUAAUUUCCUUUCCCAAGUUGAGCAAGGCAUUGUCUCAAACUCCUGGCCAACAUGGUACAGCGGUCUUCCCGACAGCGUAAAGGAGUAUGUCACUACUGCGGUUGAGGAAUACUAUCCUUCUUUCGCAUCGUCGAUCGCUGCCCAGAUCACCGGCUCCGGCGCGAGCAGCUCCAACCCCAGCAGUGCUGAGGCAACCUCUACCUCUGGCACUUCAUCCUCUGGUGCUUCGUCUUCUGCCGAUUCUAGCUCUACUGUUACGGACUCGUCUUCCUCCUCUGCUGCUACCGGAUCGGACGCUGCUUCGUCAUCGGCCUCGGCUUCGGCAUCCGGCUCUGCUGAAUCCACCACUGCUGAUGGUGGUGCCGCUCCUACUGGUAUCGCUAUGAGCCUUGCUGGCGCCGCUGGUGUUCUCGGUCUUGCUCUCGCGUUGUAA